UACAGGGUGUACAUACAGUAUGAGGCACUUUUACAUGUUGAUGAGUGUUCACUACGACCUGUCACCCGCAGCAUGCCCGUUGAAAAUAAUGAACAUUUUAUAUCUACAGGUUCACAGUGUAGUUACUUGAGUGUGUGGUUCUAUGUGAUUGUCAAAUUCAGUCUCUAAAGCUCCAUCACACACCAGUUAAGACAACUGGACACCUUUGAGUAUAUGUGAUAGCUGGACCCCCCCCUUGGCGUUCCUAAAGAUGGCUGCUGAAGAUAGUAAUCACACGAUGAAAAAACAAACGAGCUGCAAACAUCCAACCAUUCAGCAUGAAGGAUGUGGUCUGACGUGGAGAUCAGAUAAUUACUGGUGUCUGUACAUAAAUAUCUGUCAGACUGAGACCCUCUGAAGCUCUAGUGGGUUGACUGACACCAUGCAGGAUCUGGGACGGCUUCUGCUUUUCCUCGCUCUGAUCUGUGCUGGAUCACAUGGUAAUAGAAUUAUCAAUGGGAAACGUGCUCCAGAAGGUUCUAUGCAGUUCAUGGUUUCUGUCCAGAGUGAAAACGGUCAUGUGUGUGGAGGCUUUCUCAUCAGGGAGGACUUUGUGGUCACCGCUGCUCACUGUGACGUUAAUCUGACGCACGUCAUUCUGGGAGAACGCAACUGGAAGAACAGCAAUGCCAAGAAAAUUAAAAUAAUCAACCAAUGCAAGCUCAGCAACUACAAAGACCCUGGAUUAGGUUACGACAUAAUGCUCCUUAAAUUGGCCAGAAGAGCUCCGAUAGGCGACAAGAUUAAAACCAUUCCACUGGCAGAGAGGAACAUGAACUUGGAGGACCAUCAGGAGUGCUAUGUGGCUGGAUGGGGGAAAACGGAGAGCAGUGGCGUUCCUGUGGCUGACCUGAUGGUGGUGAGUGUGUCCAUCAUAAAUCAGGAGGUCUGUAGGAACAACUGGAUCAACCUUCCCGCCAAUGUGAUCUGUGCUGGUGGAUAUGAAACCAACAAAGGAUUCUGUCAGGGGGAUUCUGGAGGUCCUCUGGUGUGCAACGGGAAAGCUGUCGGCCUCGUCUCUUUUAACAGAAACUACAACUGCAAAUACCCAGAUGCUCCCAACGUCUACACGGACAUCAGAGGAUAUGAUGACUGGAUCAAACAAAUCCUCAUGGAGGGAACGUGCCCCAAUGGCCAGGGUUGGAUUAGAGAGAUCACCCCUCAUUUGCGGGGGUCAGGGAUCAGAGAUCUUCAAAGCCCCUAAAUCUGUGAAUCCCCCAAAUCAGCAAAUCCCCCAAAUCUGCAAAUCCUCAGAAUAAGCAAAUCUGCGAAUUUCCCAAAUCCACAAACAACCCAAAUAUGCAAACACACCUAAUCCGUGACCUCCCUGAAUCUGAGAAUCCCACAGAUCUGCGAAUCUCACGAUUAAGCACGCACUCAGAUUCCGCAAAACCCUCUGAAUCUACAAACCCCCCUAUACACAAACAAACCUUAUCCGCGAAUCCCACAAUUCCGCAAACACCCCGAAUCCAUGCAAACCCCAGAUUUGCAAACACAGAGAAGCCCCUGCCUGUUACGAUCCAUACUCAUCAAUACUUCUGAUCAUGCUUUGAAAACAUUUAUAAAAAAAAAAAAUUUCAAAACAGCAGCAUCCUUUACGACCAAGACGAGUCACUCUGUCUCUCAUUGCGUUAAAACCAGGAGUGCGCUUCCUCCUUCAUCAAACGUUAAACACCUGCUCUGCUCUGGAUGAUAAUUAUCC